AACAUAAUCACUAAAUGCGACUAAAAACAAAUGUUGUAAUGCGACAUUUUAUAAGCGUUGUAAAAGAUUAUAAACGAAACGUGUCUUUGCCUUUAUUGUUGAAUUUUGACGAAGAAGACCAAAGAAAAAUUGCUUGGCUUUGUCGUAAGGAAAAUCAAAAAGCUAACAACUAUCCGGGUGUACUUCCCGGUAUCCCACCCUAUGUGAUGAAGGUGAAAUAUGGAAAAACAGAAGUAAAUUGUGGCGAUGAAAUUGAUUUAAAUGUUACGAGAGCACCACCUUCAAUCAGUUAUACACGUGUAAAUGAUGAUGUAUUUUACACUCUAAUUAUGAUAGAUCCUGAUGCGCCAUAUCCCAACAAACCUACAAACGCUAUUUAUCUCCACUGGCUAAUUAACAACAUACCCGGAAAAGACAUUUACAGAGGGAGAGAGCUCUUAGAAUAUGAGGCUCCAGAUCCUCCUGCUGAUUCAGAUCGUCACAGAUACAUAAUUCUGCUGUACGAGCAAACUUGCUAUUACCCAAGUCAUAAGUGGAUUGAUCCUAGAAGCAACUUCAACAUGACGGCGUACUUCCUGCAUAACACUGUGUUGCAUUAUCCAUAUCAGAUUAAUUUCUUUUUUGCAAAAAAGUGAUUAAACAAGCAUCCAUUAUUUUAAUUCAUGAAUAUUA